AUGUUCUUCUCUCAAGGUGGCUGUGCUUCAGAUGCUUUCUUCACAUGUCGAAAAAAUGCUGUCUUGGCGAAGAGCUCAUCCCCCCAGGUAGAGGGCAACUUUGCCAUGGCCCCUCGGGGCCCUGACCAGGAGGAGUGUGAGGGCCUGCUGCAGCAGUGGCGAGAAGAAGGGUCAAGCCAGGUGCUCUCAACUGCAAGUGAGGGUCCCCUUGCAGAUAAGGGACUAGCCCAGAGCAGCCUGGCUCUCCUGAUGGAUAAUCCCGGAGAACAGGACGCUGCUUCCAAGGACAAGUGGUCCAGCGGGCAGCUGAGUGACCUGCGGGCAGCAGAGAACCUGGACGAGCCUUUCCCUGAGGUGCUAGGGGAGGAGCCACUGCCAGAGGUCGAGGGCCCUGUGUGGGCAGCUGUCCCUAUGCAGACAGGUCCCCAGUAUGCAGACUGUGCUGUCCUCCCAAUGGGCGCCCUGGCCGCAGAGCAGUGGGGAGAAGACCCUGCGGUGAUGGCCUGGAGCAUGGCACCUGAGCCUGUGCCCUGGGGAGAGGCUCCUGUCUGGCCAUUUGAGGGCCUGGGGCAAUUGCAGCCUCCCCCAGUGGAAAUACCAUAUCAUGAAAUUUUGUGGCGAGAAUGGGAAGAUUUCUCCAGCCAGCCUGAUGCUCAGGGCCUGGAGGCAGGGGACAGCCCUCAGUUCCAGUUCACCCUGAUGUCUUAUAACAUCCUAGCUCAGGACCUGAUGCAGCAGAGCUCAGAGCUCUAUCUGCAUUGCCAUCCGGACAUCCUAAACUGGAACUAUCGCUUUGCCAACCUCAUGCAGGAGUUCCAGCACUGGGACCCAGAUAUCCUGUGUCUCCAGGAAGUCCAGGAAGAUCAUUACUGGGAGCAACUGGAGCCUUCUCUGCGAAUGAUGGGCUUUACCUGUUUCUACAAGCGGAGGACGGGGUGUAAAACAGAUGGCUGUGCUGUCUGCUACAAGCCCACUAGAUUCCGUCUACUCUGCGCCAGCCCCGUGGAGUACUUCCGGCCUGGCUUGGAGCUUCUCAAUCGGGACAACGUGGGCUUAGUGUUGUUGCUGCAGCCACUAGUCCCAGAAGGCCUGGGGCAAGUCUCAGUGGCCCCUCUGUGUGUAGCAAAUACCCAUAUCCUGUAUAACCCACGCCGGGGUGAUGUCAAGCUGGCCCAGAUGGCCAUUCUCCUGGCUGAAGUGGACAAGGUGGCCAGGUUGUCAGAUGGCAACCACUGCCCCAUCAUCUUGUGCGGGGACCUGAACUCUGUUCCUGAUUCACCUCUCUACAAUUUCAUCAGGGACGGAGAGCUCCAGUACCAUGGGAUGCCAGCCUGGAAGGUAUCUGGACAGGAAGACUUCUCCCAUCAGCUUUACCAGAGGAAGCUGCAAGCCCCACUGUGGCCCAGCACCCUGGGCAUCACUGAUUGCUGUCAAUAUGUCACCUCCUGUCACCCCAAGAGAUCAGAGAGACGUAAGUAUGGCCGAAACUUCCUGUUACAUUUCCGCUUCUGCAACAUUGCUUGUCAGCGACCGGUAGGAUUGGUUCUCAUGGAAGGAGUCACAGACACUAAGCCAGAGCGACCUGCUGGUUGGGCUGAAUCUGUCCUUGAGGAAAACACAUCUGAGUUUGAGCCUGUCUUCCCCGGGACUAUAGGCACCAUCCAGCACUGCCUCCACCUGACCUCGGUACACACCCAUUUCCUGUCCCAACAUGGCCGCCCAGAAGUCACCACGAUGCCUUUGGGUCUUGGAAUGACAGUGGAUUAUAUCUUCUUCUCAGCUGAGUCCUGUGAGAAUGGGAACAGAAGUGAUCACAAGCUUUAUCGAGAUGGAACUCUCAAGCUCCUGGGCCGUCUUUCCCUCCUCUCUGAAGAGAUUCUCUGGGCUGCCAAUGGCUUACCCAACCCCUUCUGCUCCUCAGACCACCUCUGCCUGCUCGCCAGCUUUGGGAUGGAAGUCACCGCCCCAUGAUGGGGCUUCCAGGGGAAGAGAGCUUCUCUUCCAGAAGAGCUCACUGGAUCAGAGACUGUGGAAAUAUCCCAUGCUUCUGGAAACUUAGAUCCAAGAAAUUUACCUCCCCUCCACUCCCCUCCACCUCCUUGCUCCCUUUUCCCACGGUUAGCUUUUCUCCAGGCCUGUACACGUUCUUUGCCUGUGGUCCCUGCCCCGCCCCAACCUCUUCCUAAUCCUGUGCCACAUACUCAGUGGCCCUGGGAGAGGCAAAAGGGGGGGUUCCCCCUUCCUUCCAUGUAUCCAGUGCUCCCCCUUGAUUUUUAAUUACCAGGGUUGUGGGAGCUA